AUAUGGUAAUUGAAGUCCCUCAAACUGAGCGUGUCAACGACGUUGAUGUUUUUUUAAGCACGCAAGAUGGUCAAAUUCAGCGUCCAAAAGGGCCCAACUGUCGGCAUCCUGUACGUCAAAAGUGCACUAAUUGUUUGCCUGUUGAUCCAUUCGAUGAAGAAUAUUUGAAAGAAAAAGAUAUCAAGCAUAUGAGCUUCCAUGCACAUGUUCGCAAGCUCCUUGGAUCCCAGGGGAAGGGCACGACUCUCAAAAAACCGCUGGAAAACUUUCGAUGUUCAUUAAAACCCAACUGUGAUGCUCACAAGCCGUUCCCGAAAGGAAUUUGCACUAAAUGCAAACCACAGGUUGUAACAUUGAAUCGUCAAAAGUUUCGUCAUGUUGAUAACAUUCAAAUUGAAAAUCAAGAGCUUGUAAAUCAGUUUUUGGAUUAUUGGAGACUAUCGGGCCAUCAGCGUGUUGGAUUUUUAAUUGGACAGUAUCAGCCUCACCUUGAAGUUCCACUAGGAAUCAAGGCUACAGUGGCUGCAAUUUAUGAACCUCCACAACACUGCCGUGAAGAUGGAAUUGAGUUUUUGGAGGAUAAAAAUCAAAAAACUAUUGACAAUUUGCUGGAAAUGCUUGGCUUGCAACGUGUUGGAUGGAUCUUCACAGAUUGUUGGACAGCUAAUAGUGCUGAAGGAACUGUACAUUAUACACGGCACAAGGAUUCCUUCUUCCUAUCAGCUGAGGAAUGCAUCACCGCAGCAAUGCUUCAAAAUCAACAUCCAAACAUCACAGAGUACUCGAUGGAUCGUCACUAUGGAUCCAAAUUUGUGACCGUUGUUGCAUCUGGUGAUGAAUCGAUGCAUGUUAAUUUCCACGGAUAUCAAGUUUCAAAUCAAUGUGCGGCCAUGGUUGAAGCUGAUAUUCUCUGUCCAACACUGUACACUCCUGAAUUGGCUUAUGUUCGAGAGACACCAUUAUCCGAAGAACAUUAUAUAACUGAUGUUCAAUUUUCGAUGAAAAAUGAAUACGGAGCCGAGGUUAUGAAAAACGGACGACCACUUCCAGUUGAAUAUUUGCUGGUGGAUGUUCCUGCUGGAAUGCCAAAAGAGCCUCACUACACGUUCCACGUUGGCACAUCUAAUAAAUCGAAGAGUGCCAAAUUUAAUGUUGAAAAUCGACAAGCAAUUGGACAACUUCAAGGAGGUGCAAAUUUGAUUCAAUAUUCAUCCGAAUUCUCUACAAAUCAAUUUUUGGAACAGGCUACAAACUUCCACUUUUUGCUCUAUUUAGUAACCAAUGACCAAGUGCAGAUUUCUGAUGAAUGGAUGAAACGAUUGUGUGAUGCAGUUAAAGCUCAGGACAGAGGAACUGCAAUGGAAUGGGCUCAGGAAUGUGAAGAUUGGCAUCAGUUGAUGGCUUUAGCGCAUGCUAAUGGAGGAAGCGGCAAUGACGAUAUUCCUGUCAUUCCAAAUGGUGAUCCUUUCUCCGGAUCAAGCAGUGGUGGAUCAAGAGGAGCCGUUUGGAGCUGUGGACACUGUACAUUCCAAAACGAAGCAGGAAGACAGGAUUGCUCGAUGUGUGGAUUGCCAGCUGCCGAUUAAAAAUUAUCAUCUCAAAAAGUAUAUUUAUUGAAUGUUAUUAUUCUACUCGGUUUCUGUAAAUUUCUAUUCAUUUUCCCGCUUUUCUACUAGUGUAUUUCUACUGGUAUGCUCUGUAAAGUCACCCACAAAUGAAUUCUUUUCUCCAUAUUUUUCAUGAAGACAAAUUAAGAAUUAAUUCUAAAACAAAAGCAAAGCUUUAGGAGAAUUUGGAAAAAAUAACUUUGUUGCAUCUGGUGAAAAAA